AUGGCACCGAGAGAAUCCUCUCAGGACCCUGUGGGAACGCCAGAUCCCGUCGAGAAGGGGUUCGCUACCCUUGCCACUUUACGGAUCGGUGUCAAGGCCUUUGUGGACAAGGAUGGCGAAAAACGCAAGGCAGAAAUUUUGUCUAUUCAGCAACGGAAGGGUCAACCUUAUUACUAUGUCCACUACGAAGAGUUCAACAAACGUCUAGACGAAUGGAUUCAAGCCGAGCGCAUUGACCUUUCAAAAGAGGUCGAGUGGCCUGCCCCGGAGAAGCCGGAGAAGAAGAAGACUGGAACCACGCAGUCGAAAAAUUCCAAAGCAGAUUCUAAAGUGCCCAAGGGCCAGAAAAGACCCCGGCCUGGCACCAGCUCCGAGGCGUCUGCUACUCCUGAAGCCACUUCUGCUAACAUCCCCGGCAAAGCACCCCGACCUUCCAAAGCUGGGGGCAAGGAGAACAGCGAGUCUAUUGCUGUCGUGCAGACCGAAGUUCUCGAUGGGAGUACUCGGCUAGACGACGAGGAAAUCGACCUUGAGGAUGUCCAAGAUGCCGCUGCUGCUGCCAAAGCUGCUGCGCCUGAAACCUUUUCCCGGGAGGAGGAAAUCGAAAAACUCCGCACAUCGGGGUCAAUGACUCAGAACCAGACUGAAAUCUCACGUGUACGAAACCUGACCCGAAUCCAAAUGGGUGCCCACGAGAUUGAGCCCUGGUAUUUUUCUCCAUACCCGAUAGAGUAUACCGAGGAGGACAUGAUGUAUAUUUGCGAGUUCUGUCUCUCGUAUUUUGGCGAACUACGACAGUUCGAACGACACCGAGCAAAAUGCACCCUGCUGCACCCCCCAGGAAACGAAAUCUAUCGAGACGACUACAUUAGUUUCUUUGAAAUAGACGGCCGGAGACAGCGGACUUAUUGCCGCAACCUGUGUCUGAUAUCAAAACUCUUCCUUGAUCAUAAGACACUCUAUUACGACGUCGAUCCCUUUCUCUUCUACUGCAUGUGUACCCGCGACGAAUACGGCUGUCAUCUCGUCGGCUAUUUCUCCAAGGAAAAGGACUCGGCGGAGGGGUACAACUUAGCUUGUAUUCUCACGCUUCCUCAACACCAGCGCAAGGGAUUUGGUCGCCUGCUCAUGGCCUUCUCCUAUGAGCUUUCCAAGCGUGAGGGCAAACUAGGAAGUCCAGAAAAGCCACUCAGUGACUUGGGUCUUUUGGGAUACCGUGCGUACUGGCAGGAAACUGUCAUUGAUAUUCUCAUGGAGGGUCGCUCGGAAGUCACGGUUGAAGAACUCAGCGCGCUGAGUGCAAUGACAACGAAUGACGUGCUUCAUACUUUGCAAAAUCUUAACAUGUUACGAUAUACGAAAGGACAACACGUCAUUGUACUUACCGAUGCCGUCGUCGCUGCCAAAGAAAAGCAGAAAGAAAAGGAAAAGCUGAAAAAGAGACACAACAUCGACCCGGAGCGGCUGCAGUGGAAGCCGCCCGUCUUUACCGCAGCCUCGCGAACAUGGAAUUGGUAG